UUGCAGGAUUUCUGCUUUUUACUGUCUACCAGAGCUGGAGGAUUAGGUAUUAACUUGGCAUCUGCUGACACUGUAGUUAUAUUUGAUUCUGACUGGAAUCCACAGAACGAUCUGCAGGCACAGGCGAGAGCUCAUAGAAUUGGACAGAAGAAACAGGUUAAUAUUUAUCGGCUAGUAACAAAAGGAUCAGUAGAAGAAGAUAUUCUUGAAAGAGCCAAGAAAAAGAUGGUGCUAGACCAUUUAGUAAUUCAGAGAAUGGACACAACAGGAAAAACUGUUCUGCAUACAGGUUCUACUCCAUCAAGCUCUACACCUUUUAAUAAAGAAGAGUUAUCAGCAAUUUUGAAGUUUGGUGCCGAGGAACUUUUUAAAGAACCUGAAGGAGAAGAACAGGAGCCCCAGGAAAUGGAUAUAGACGAAAUCUUGAAGAGAGCUGAAACUCGGGAAAAUGAGCCAGGUCCAUUGACUGUAGGGGAUGAGUUGCUUUCACAGUUCAAGGUGGCGAACUUUUCCAAUAUGGAUGAAGAUGAUAUUGAGUUGGAACCAGAAAGAAAUUCAAGAAAUUGGGAAGAAAUUAUCCCAGAAUCCCAGCGGAGAAGAAUAGAGGAGGAGGAAAGACAAAAAGAGCUUGAAGAAAUAUACAUGCUCCCGAGGAUGAGAAACUGCGCAAAACAGAUCAGCUUUAAUGGAAGUGAAGGAAGACGUAGUAGGAGCAGAAGAUACUCUGGAUCUGAUAGUGACUCCAUCACAGAAAGAAAACGGCCAAAAAAGCGUGGGAGACCUCGAACUAUUCCUCGAGAAAAUAUUAAAGGAUUUAGUGAUGCAGAGAUCAGACGAUUUAUCAAGAGUUACAAGAAAUUUGGUGGCCCUCUGGAAAGGUUAGAUGCUGUAGCUAGAGAUGCUGAGCUAGUUGAUAAAUCUGAGACAGACCUUAGACGUUUGGGUGAGCUUGUACACAAUGGAUGCAUUAAGGCUUUAAAGGACAAUUCAUCUGGACAAGAAAGAGCAGGAGGUAGACUUGGGAAGGUUAAAGGCCCAACGUUUCGAAUCUCAGGAGUGCAGGUGAAUGCAAAACUCGUCAUCUCUCAUGAGGAAGAGCUGGCACCACUGCACAAAUCCAUUCCUUCAGAUCCAGAAGAAAGAAAAAGAUAUGUCAUCCCAUGCCACACCAAGGCUGCUCACUUUGAUAUAGAUUGGGGUAAAGAAGAUGAUUCCAAUCUGUUAGUAGGCAUUUAUGAAUAUGGCUAUGGCAGCUGGGAAAUGAUAAAAAUGGAUCCAGAUCUCAGCUUAACACAGAAGAUUUUACCUGAUGAUCCAGACAAGAAACCCCAGGCAAAGCAGCUACAGACCCGUGCAGACUACCUCAUUAAAUUACUGAAUAAAGACCUUGCAAGAAAGGAAGCACAAAGGCUUGCUGGUGCAGGCAAUUCCAAGAGAAGGAAGACAAGAAGUAAGAAGAAUAAGAUAAAGGCUUCAAAAAUAAAAGAAGAAAUAAAAAGUGAUUCUUCACCACAACCCUCAGAAAAAUCUGAUGAAGAUGAUGAUGAGGAGGAUAACAAGGAUGAGAUUGUUUCAGUGAAACAUCUACAUAAAAAAAUAAAAACAGAAAAAGAAAAUGAAGAAAAGCCUGAGCCAGAUAUUGGUAUAAAGAAGGAAGCUGAAGAAAAAAGAGAGACAAAAGAGAAGGAAAAUAAAAGGGAUUUGAAAAGGGAGAAAAAAGAAAAGAGGAUAAGAAAGAAUUAAAAGAAAAAGAAUAAUAAAG